CAACCUUGGUGCACGAGUGUGUGUGUGUGUGUGUGCGUGUAUUCUGUGUGUGUGUGUUUGAUGCAGGUUUAUAGAGGCAGAGCACGGCAACCGCAUACACACACACACUCUCACCCCCACCCCCAUCAGACAAAGCAGAGGAUUGUGGGACUGCGAACCCGUUGCCUUGGUGAUGAGAAUCAAAGUGACAGCUCUCCUACAAGAGGAGCCCCUCUCUGCCCUCCCCCUCCUCCCCCCUCCUCCCUAGACUGGUGUCUAGCAGGUGUAAGGGAGCGAGGGAGACGCACACAGAGAGAUGUCUUUCUUCCCGUCCUGGUCGGCGUCCAGCUCCCCUCGCCUGCUGUCCUCGAGUCGCUGAAAUCAGGAAGUGGAGGCUGCAAACUCGGUGUCAGCUUUUAAUAACAUCAUAAAUCCUGCAUGCAGGGGGUAAUGAGGAGGACUUUUCUGGAUGAGAUACUUACGGGGAACAAUAACACGUUAUUAAAGCAGGGGCGGCGAAAAAUAAACCACGUUUUUAUGACGGACUUGAAGCUGCGCCUUUAACGACGCACGUGUUUUCACUUUUUAUUAAACGUUCGUCUGUGAAGGAACUCUGAUAGACGGGUGGGUGGAUGUUAAACCGGUACAUGACGACAUUAAAGUAAAAAAAGUCGAUAAACUCUGAAACUGAAGUAGAGAAAAUAUUUUUAAAUUUAACAGAAAUCAAAUCAAACCGAUGAAACGUUCACAAACUUCGACUACGGCGAGGUAAAAAUCAAACACUUUCACACUGGAGCAGGAGGGUGUGCUCUUCCCUGAUUGGCCGGCUACAACAAUGACACUUAGCAUUCGUGGUUGUCAUGGCAACGUGCCUCUGCUCGCACAAAGGGGUCAGAUCGAAAAGGUCUAAAUCUGCUAAUGUCUCCCGGUACCGUAAACGCACGCACCAGCACAGAUGUGUGUGUGUGUGUGUGUGUGUGUGUGUGUGUGCGCGCUCUUAAAGGAGCAGGUUCCUUCACUGUAGAGAUUCUUUUAUAUGUGAGUGUCCUCCCCUUUAAGGAGGAAGGUGAGUGUGGCAAACAAAGAGAGAGAGAGAGCGAGAGACAAAGAGCCAGCUGUGAAAUUGCAGUUUUUUGUCCCCCCCUCAGUCUCUGUCGGGGGGGGACAAAGGUGGCCCUCUGGGACCCCUUAACCCCUCUGUCUCACACACACACACACACACACACACACACACACACACACACCUCUCCCUCACAAAGGAGCUGGGUCCACAGCUGCCCAGACCCCCCCACCCCCAAACUUCCAUUAUUUCUAAUCCCUCAGUGAAAGCUCCUCAAUCCCCCCCACCCGAGCCUCCUAUAGACCACGCCCCCUAACCCCAACAACACAUACUAUACACCCCCCAUGAUUAACCCCCCCAAAACCCUCAGAGGGUCCCACAAAGCCGUCAGCUGUCGUAUCGUCUCUCUGACACACACACACACACACACACACACCGGCUGGACUCUCACUUUAAUUAUGUUGCUCUGAGCCUGAUUAUUGACUCUGUGUGUGUGUGUGUGUGUGUGUGUGUGUGUGUGUGUGUGUGUGUGUGUGUGUGUGUGUGUGGUCAUAUGCGACACACAGCUGUGACGGUGUGUGUUUUUGUGAGAGUGUGUUUACAGUCAGAGGUCAGACAGACAGACAGAGUUCUGAGAUGGUCACAUGAUCAGAGGACAACCAUAUAGGAAGGUGCUGAUUGGCUGAUAGGAUGCAUGACCUUUGACCCCAGGAUGAUGAUGACAGGUUUUACUGUUUUUUAUUAUUGUGGUUAAUUUAGUGAUUUUCACUGAGUAACAUCAGGAUAUUUAACAUUUACUGGAACAAGCAUCAUGUUCCCACAGGCUGCUGUUAUGUUUACCGUAUUUAUCGGACUAUAAGGGGCACUUAAAAUCUUUAAAUUUUCUCAAAAAUUGAGAGCGCACCUUCUGUAUGAUUAUUUGUUGUGUUUAUUGACUGAUUUUGUGGUACAGUGCGCUCAAAAAUCUGUCCAAAUGUGUAAGUACGACUUCGGUAAGCAACGAAGCUGCUGCGCUCAAUGGAUAUUCAGAACAUUACGGUAAAAAAACGGAAACAGCAACAAGACCGACUCAGAUAAUGACGAGAGGGAUCCAGACAUGCUCGAUACUGAAAUCACACAGCUGUUUAACUUCGACACUGAAGACAGAGAAUUAUAGUCGAUGGAUUUGUGGAAGAGGAAUGAAUGAAUGAGUGAGCGUACCGUGUUUACUCUAGACGUUUUUUCAGCUGUGGCGUGGGUAACGUAACAUGUUACAUUCAUGUUUCAUUACCCACGCUAGUCACUAUACAGAUCCUGUAUAAGUUUAAACGUUACUCUUGACUUUAGUGGAAGAGGGUCCGACAGGAUGUGAUGGGCUCUUUGAUGACUCACAAGUCGGAAAUAACGUCGUGUGUUGUUGUUGUGCUCACAUGGCAUAAGUAGAAUCAUCCAGCAGGGGCCGCUGCUGAAUGAAUGUAGGGUAAACACUGCUGAUACAUACGAGAGCGAGGUAGAGCGAUGUGAGAUAAAAACUAAUUUUUUUAAGGUGUGGUGGCGCCACGAUCAGUUGCAUGUCGGGGAAACCCUGGCGUAUUUUUCUGUACCAGUAUUUGUCGUUAAAACUGAGUUAACUGAUUUACUGGACUAAGUUAUUUUGCUUAAUGCGUCCUACAAUCCGCUGCACGUUAUGACCUGAAAAUACGGUAUAUUUAUUAUCGUACUCCUUAUGCACUUCAGUGAAUCUCUCUUUUGUAUCCUACAUUUGUCCUUUUGGACUUCAGGUUGUUUUCAUUUCUGCUUCUUCAGUCUUGAUGCUUCAAAACUCUCAUGAGCAGAAAACAGAGAGAUCAGUUUACUUCAUGUUAUAUUUGAACGUCGUCUUAUCACGGCAGAGGAGGAUAAUCACUUUCACAUUCUGACUCUCCUCUCUCUUUCUUUUUCAGUCCUUUUCCCCAUAAAACACUCGGCCACAUAUUUUCUGGUGUGUUCACAGUCUGUGUCAUCCAGCAGCUAUCAAUCCUUCGGUGUGUGUGUGUGUGUGUGUGUGUUCCUGUGUUCCUGUGUGUGUGUGUGUCCUCAUCAAUAACGUCGAGCCUCGAUCUGUUAAACUCCACUUUCAUCCCGGUCCAGCCUGCAGCCGCCUGUUGUUUUCUACGUCGGCUGUAAAUCAUUCGAUCAUGUUUCCAUAUGGUUGUCAUUAAUAAAGAUGAGGUCACACUUCCAGGCAGGCCCCGCCCCCUACGCUCACUCACGCACAUGCAAACACGCAUGAGCCAGAACACAUGCAAAGCGCACACAAGUCAGACUGCACAUGCAUGUUCAGACACAGAGAGAGAGAGAGAGAGAGAGAGAGAGAGAGAGAGAGAGAGAGAGAGUGAGAGAGCUAAUUAGUGUUUUAGCUGAUUGCUAAUUGCUACUUUCUUCCGCCUACUUACACACCACAGAGAGAGAGAGAGAUGAGGAGAGAUAACGCCGUAUCUUCUCCUUUUCCUCUCAGAAUUUCUUGUCAUUUCAUCUAAUUACAGACAUGUCCAUCACACACACACACACACACACACACACACACACACUGAAGUGAUCUGAUCAUGUCCUGUUUCGUCUCUUUAAACAUGAAACUCAGACCUGAGACCAGCCCCCCCCUCUCUGGUCUGGUGAUCGUUGGUCUCUGCUGUCAGGACCGACCUGAAGCGUCUCACCUGGUUUAUUCGGCGUUUUGGUUUUUGGACGUGGAGGACUCUGGAGCUCUGCUCAGCGUGGAGGGAGGUUUUAAAAACUUCGAUAUCGAUCAAUAUCAGGAUCUAAAAAUCUAACAGUGUUUCUUGGUCUCAUGUCUUUUCCAACACAAUAAUCUCCUGCAUCUGUGAGGUCUUUGUGUCUCUUUGGCGUUUUGUCGUAAGGCGUCGCUCUAGAGAAAGACGACUGAAUGGUCGUCUGUUUCAGGCGCCACGGGCUCCUCGCUCCUCUCGGGGUUUGUAACCUUUUGCGUUGCGCGUGCUCUGCGGCGUGGCGCUGCUUCAGGUGGUGAAAAAGAUUUGAGGUAUUCCCCGACUUUGUGAGAACAUGUACUCGACAUAAUUUACAGUCCACAUUACUCUGCUUCAUGUCCGACCUCCAAAAACCAAAAUACCUCCACACCACCGACGUUUUCCUAACGCCAGUGUUGUGGUUGACAUUGAUGUGGUCAUCUGUUGAGCCUUCAUGGUCAUUUCUGUCGGGGGUAGCACUCAUUUUCUUUGUUUCUCACCAACAGUGCUGUCGGCUUCACCUGGUUGGUUCAUACUUGGAUAUAUAUCGUUAUGGUUUUAUCGUCCAGCCCUAGCAGGUGUUUUUAAAAACUUGUUUGUUUGAGGAUAGAGACGGCAGCUGAGAGCUUUAGGACCCGGCUCUGGUCUCUUGAUCCACAGAGGUACCUGGACUCGGCUGAAGCUCUUUCACCUUUUGUUUAGACGAGGUGAGCACAUGUGGAAAAACUCCCCUCCUCCAGGGUUCAGACCCUCUGAUGUAGACCGUACAGCAGGAGUUAGAGUCAUGAUAAGAUCACAGCAGCGUCCUGUUUUCAUGCUGCAGAAAUGUUAAUACAGACAUGUCCUCAGUGUUGGAUUACAUGACACGUCCCCCAGCGUUAUCUGGUCUAUACCAUGGGCUGGUUAGAAUUAGCAGAUGAGCUCAGAGAGAGGCUGAAGAGCUGACGGGGAUCAGAGCAGGUGGCGUUUGUUCUCUUCCACUGUCACAGUCGUCGUCCCUCUCAGGGAGUAUAGAGCCAACUGUAAAUUAAGAGGAUAACAGGAGCUGUCAUCUUCAUUCAGCUCCUGACUGUCAAACCACCGACUCUGACAUGACACCACACCAGAGAGAGGAGUCAAGAAAAAACUGCUUUUGUUGGCCGCCGAUCGAACAAUCCGACUUGGACUCUCGUUAAUCAACUUUCUCACAGAGUAAAAGUUGGAUUAGAGUUUAUAGUAGCUCUGCUGCUACUGAGGGUUUGAUUUGCUUUUUCAGCAUGAAUUCAUACCGAGCUGGAGGGAGAGGAGUCUGCGUCUGAGCAAAUCCUCCAGCGAUUUAUUCGCAGCGCGUGAAGGAACAAGCCGGCCGAGUUCAACUGCAGUUGAGGAUGUUUUUGGUGUAAGAGGCUCUGCAGAGUUUUCACUUUCUCAGGCUACGUGUCCUCAGAGCGGAGCCAAGUCUCUGCACACACACACACGCACACACACACACACACACACACACACACACACACACACACACACACACACACACACACACACACAUGCAGGCAUGAUCUCAGGCUCACUAAAACAUACUCACGCUCUCACUCACACACUCACACACACACACACACACACACACACUCACACACACACACACACACACACACACACACACACACACACACACACACACACACACACACUCUGUGCAGUCCCAGCUGUAACAAAUAGGGACCAGAUUGUGUGUGAUGAUGAUGAUGAUGUAAAGGAGCAGGCAUGCUGGUCUCCAUGGUUGAUGAGCUUUGUUGAAUAAACGUUGUGUGUGUGUGUGUGUGUGUGUGUGUGUGUGUGUGUGUGUGUGUGUGUGUGUGUGUGUGUGCGCGUGUGUGUUCGUGCAGAAGGGUCAAACUCUGGUCCACGUGCAGCGAGCGAUUACACAGCUCUCUCUGGUUCCCUGUAUGCUUCAUCAUAUGGAGCUGCAGCCAAUCACAGACGAGCAUGGCGGGGUCAGAGAGUGUGUUUCUGAGCGUGUGCAGCUUCUCUGUUUAAUCUUGUGAGAUAGAGUCAUGUCUUAUUAAAGGGGGCGGGUCUUUUUUGGACGUGUUUCUAAACUUUGGAUGAAGACAAAGUUAAAGCUCCUAUGAGGAACUUUCAUUCUGUGUCGAUUUUGGCGCCCCCUGUGGACAGAGCAGUCUUUGCUUGUCUCGUCCCCUGUAUGCCCAUCCUGUUUGCAUUCAACAUUAUAAAUUCAGGUCCUUUUCUGCUCCCUUAGGUCAUUUUGAGGAUUUUAAAAACAAUGAAAAAACUCCUGACAGGAGCUUUAAAGUCUCUGCAGUUUCGAGACCGAAGAGCUGCGAGAAAACUGUGAUUGAAAAAGCAACUUAGAGCAGAUUUAUGAGACUCUGAGUCAAACUUGGUGAAAUAUCUGCAGUUUAAAAUCUCAAAAGUUCAGCUGGUCAAAGGUCCAAUCUUCAGAAAUAGUUAUGAUGCUGUUUAAAGUUUGUUUACAUCUGUGAAGCUGUAAGAAAAAAAUAGUUUUCACGGUUUUGGUCCAUAUAUUGACAUAUAACAAACAAUUUAUAACCAUAGAGGAAAACACUGAAGCUUUGUUCGCUUCAGUUGAUAAUUAAUGUUUUAAUAAAAACACGUAAUGAUCCUUUAAAGUGGAGUUAACUCACAGCAGUUUGGAAAUCAGAGGCACUUAUGUGAUGUUUCCUUCAGGGGAAGCCAGACUCUGAAGUUUUUCCUCAUUAUUAUCUGCUCCAGUAAAAGAGGGAGGCACUGUCAUUACAGGAGGUAGACCCUCCAUUAGCCCGCCGCCGCCGCCGCUGCAUGGCACAUGUGAUGUCAUCACUGCGGCGCUAAAGGGUCGAGGGAUUGUUCUGAGGGUCGAGUUUAAACAGCCGACGCUCGUCAAAGUUAUGAAAGUGAUGAUAAAGUGAGACGAGAGCUCUCAUAAAGCAGCAGACACACUGACGGCUACGCAUGCUUUCUCUGUCUGUGUGUGUGUGUGUGUGUGUGCGUGUUUGUGUGUGUGCACGUGUUUCUCAGUAGCAUGAGUCAGAAGACAAAGGGUGUGUUCAGCUGGGAGGGAAACGAGAGGAAGUGAGAGGAAUGUGGGAUGGUAGUGAGGAGGAGCAGAGACCACACUCCUCUAACGUGGAUCAAACCGAGUCAGUUCAGUAAAUUCAGUAUCAAUAGAGUUUAGAGUCCGAUUAGGGGGACUCUGUAAGACCCCCGUCUGUUGGGAUGUGGGUCUCAGGUUCAGGUGCAUGUUAGACAGAGUCCAUGAUAUUACUGUGACUGUUGUAGGAUCUCUGUUAAUGUCCAAGUUCAGGUCAUGAGAAGGUCGUGGUGAUUCCUAAUAAUCAAUGAAACGAUUAUUAAUUAAUUAAAAGUUCAAAUUAAAACAGUAACGAGCCGUUUAGAUUCACAGUUUGAUAUUUACCGUCUGAUGUAGUUUCCUGUUUGAUUCAGCAGAGGGCGCUCUCAUCGUAACCCGACCGUUGAAUGGUCCUCUUGACCUCAGUGAGUAAAUUAGGGGUGGGAGAAAAAAAAAAAAAUCGAUUCACAGAAGUUUCGCAUUUUUUUGUUUUACAAUUUUUAAAUCGAUUUUAAUGUUGAAAAAUCUUUUUUUUUUUUCAAAUUUGAGAAUAAAUCUUAAAAACUGACUUACAUGUGAUGAGCAUUUUUUGGGGAAAUAUGGUUCCUGAAAUAGUCUGUAGACGAUUAUAAUCAUUCAACCGUUUCACUGGAGUUAAAAAUGCCGACUGAAUAUCGAGGAAAUCGACAAUAUCGUAGAAACGCAAUUUAAAUCCAAUUGGCAUCUUAGAAAUCGUACAAGAAUCGAAUCAGGAGAAAAGAAUAUCGUCCCAGCCCUAGAAUGAAUACAGAGAUGAGUUUGCAAUGAAAGCAGCAAAAAACAAGGAUAUCCGUGACACCGAUACUAGGGCUGGGCGAUAAACCGAAAAUUUACAGAUACGACAAAUUUACGACAAAAAACGACGUCAUUUUGCCCGUAUCGUCAUAUUCAGUGUCUAAAGAAUAAAUAAAUCAAAGUUGUUUUUGGAUGUGUGUAGGUAGGCUAUGGUCUCAUGUCCCUUUAAGACGCUGUCCUACGUCAGAGACGUGACUCCGCCCCAUCCAGUCUGUAACAAAGAGGGACAGACAGGUGAGGAGAUGGAGGACGGAGAGAAAGUUGGAGCGGCUGAAGUAGACGAAGUUAAUGUGGAGUAGUUAUCGUCCAUUUGAACUGAUCAAUAUAUCGUGAUAUUGAUUUGAGGACAUAUCGCCCAGCCCUAACCAAUACCAAUAUUUAUUGUUACGAAGGUUUUGGGCGUCAGAAUAAGUCGCCGUGUUCGUUAAGUCGGGAACAUGUUGGUGAGGACGUGAUACAGUGAAUAAUGACACAGCUGAUGAACUUUGGCCCCUCCCACUCUGGUAAAAGAGAAGGAGAAAGGUGUGUGUGUGUGUGUGUGUGUGUGUGUUUGUGUGUGUGUGUGUGUGUGUGUGUGUGUGAGAGAGAGAGAGAGAGAGAGAGAGGAUGACAGCAGAGUGAGGGCAGCUGACGGGUAGAGGGGCAGUUGUAGUCACAUGGAGAGCAGAGAUGGAUUUGGGGGGAUUUGAGGCUGUAAGAGGGUGGGGACCAGGAGGCUUAGACCAGCUGACACUGUCCACAUCACUCACACACACACACACACACACUCACACACACACACAAACACACACGCAGAAACACACCGACACACACGGGACCAAGAUAGACGGAUGCACUCACACUAAUAAUAGACAAAAACACGAAAUUGAACUUGGCUGUAAGUCCUGAAAUAACACACGUGCACGAACACACACAUGCACACAGGGAUACACACGCUCACUGACAUACAAGAACACACUUAAAGUACACACAAACACACACACACUUAAUCUGAGGGAGGGGAUGUUUGGUUAACUUUGAGGCUUCAGGGUGCAGAGCAGUGUGGGAGGAGGAGUGUGUGUAAGUGUAACAGUGUGUGUUAGCGUGUGUGUGUGUGUGUGUGUGUGUGUGUAACAGUGUGUGUUAGCGUGUGUGUGUGACAGGUGUGGCUUCAUCAGGGCAGUUGUGUGAUACCAGACACCACCAGGGGAGAUGAAGCUCCACGAGUAUCAGAGCUGGAGCUGCUCAGUGUGAGUCUGUGUGUGUGUGUGUGUGUGUGUGUGUAACCAUGGACAUGUUUCCAGAGACACACACACACGGACACACACAGACAUACUCAGGAGGUCAGUGUGUGUGCAGGUUGCUCUGACUUGUCAUGAGUCCAUUAGCAGCAAACAUCUGCUUCAUUCGGAGCUGCUGAGUGAGACGUCUGCAGGAGCGAACGCACAACCGACCUCAGAGCGCCGUCAGCAGCGCUCCGAGUUUCACUGAGAUUCUACGCCGGGGUCGGGUCGGGGUCAGGUCCCUGCAGACCUGUCAGACCGGACUGAGGUGGGACGGUCCGGUCUAAAAGGAGUUUUCUCAGCUGUUCCCACCUUUAAUCCAGAAAGCUCAGCCCAACUAUCUCGGUGUCAUGCUAACCUGACAGUUUUAAAGCUGCAGCGCGCCGUAAAAACAGGCGGGCAGAAACAGGCGGGAACCUCCAGCAGAACCAGACUCAUCUUCUGUCUCAGUGCUGCAGUGGUCCGAGGUCCUGGACUCUGAAAUAUGAUGGUCUAGAUUUUCCUUUAGAGGAGUAAAACUGCAAACUCAAACAGUUUCUCAAACUCCUGAAUAAUCCUCUCAGAUGAUUGGACGAGGGGGAAACACACAUGUACAUGAACGCCAGAGAAGGUGUUUUCACUCCUCACUGAGUUUGUGAUGAAGACAUAAGCAGAAGGAGGAAGAGGAUGACAAAAGCAGACAAAAGCAGACGGAGGAGUGGAAAAGGACGAGAGGAGAGGGAGAAAACCAGAUGAACAAGAAAAGAGAGAGAGAGAGAGAGAGAGAGAGACUGUUUUCUGUCACUUCAUUAUUUAGUGACGGUCACCGAGUGUGUGUGUGUGUGUGUGUGUGUGUGUGUGUGUGUGUGUGUGUGUGUGAGAGUGAGUGUUUGUGAGGGUGUGAGUAAAAUCAGAACGCUGAGGAACUUGUUUGGGUCGACCAAGAAUUCACACGAGGUCCAGUUACCACACGGGCCCUGCGAGGACACAAACGAGGUGUGUGUGUGUGAGUGUGUGUGUGUGUGUGUGUGUGUAGAAGACAAAUGAGCAUGUGGGUGAUUAGGUGUGUAUAUAUAGUUGUCUCAGUUGGAUGUGUGAGCCAGGACCUCAGUGUGUUUUUGUGAGUGUGCAUUCUUUCCAUUGGUGUGUGUGUGUUUGUCCGUGUGUGUGUGUGUGUUUUUGUGUGUGUCUGUGGGGAAGACCCAGAGCAGCAUCAUUAUUCCAGCUGUCUGCUCUCAUCACACACUCACACUCACUGUGGUCCGUCAGGUGUUUCCGCUCACCUGGAUGAACUCUGACUUGAUGAUUUUUAAGAAUAUUGAUCGUUUUUUUUUUUUUCUCAAUCAUAAGAUGAGAUUCGAUUUUCCUCGUGACUGAAUGAAGUUAAUCCUGAAACCUGUUUGUGUGUUUGCAGAAUAGUUUUGAGUUCUUGGUUAACACACUGCUGCGUUUCUGAACAUAUUGAGCUCCGUUUUCACUGUCCUGUAGAGUAAAGUCGAUAUCCUGUUCAUGUGUUUCUACUAAACUAACUCAAGUUUGACACAAAUACAAAAACAACUGAGCCACCGUACAGCCUCAUCAAAUAUGAUAUAAUAUGGUAUGAGAUGAGAUUUGAUAUGAUAUGAUGUAAUAUGAUAUAAUAUAAUAUACUAUGAGAUGAGAUACCAUAAUAAUACAUUAUAAUAUGAUAUAUAGAAUGUGAUUACAUGUGGUAAUAUAGAAAAGAACAUAAAUACAGUGUUAUGUAAUGUCUUAUACAGUAUAACAUAACAAUGUUUGAUACAAUAUAAUGUCAUGAAAUUUAUAAUCCAAUGUUAUCUGAUGGAAGAGGAUAGAGUAGAGCAUCAUAGAGUGUAACUGUUUGAUACUUUACUACACUGAAAAAUCUAGAAUUCAAUAGAAUUUAACACGUUUACAUUCAAUACUGUGAUAUAGUGUUAUAUGAUAUAAUGAUUAUAAUAUAUUGUCUUAAAAUGUAGCACAUUAGAAUAGAAUUGGAUAAAAUAGAAUAGAUUGUAAAAUUUUUUACAUAAUAUAGUUUGAUUUAAUGUUUUAUAUAAAGUGGUUUAAUGUUAUAUUAUAUAAUUUAAUCUGUCUAUCAGAAAAUAAAAUCAUAAUUCAAGAAGAUCAAUCGUUUGACAGCCCGUUUAAUAUGAUAUAAUAUAAUAUAUUAUUUAAUAUAAUAUAACAUAAUAAGACAUGAUAUAGUAUGAUAUAAUAUAGUAUGAUUUGAUAUGAUGUAAUAUAAUAUAGUAUGAUAUAUAAUUUAAUAUGAUAUAGUACAGUAUGAUAUGAUAAAAUGUAAUAUAAUAUGAUAUGAUAUAAUGUCAUAUCGUAUCGUAGAAUAUUGUAUGACAUGAUUUAAUAUGAUGUGAUAUUAUGUAAUAUAAUAUAAUAUAAUGAUUAAAGUAAUAGAAGGAUGGUACUUUUGUGUCCUCUGGUAAUAAAGGACCUGUGCCCUUUAAUUAAAUAUAAUACUGUAAUAUUGACAUUCAGCAGCAGUGAUUAUAAUGGGAACACAAACACGGGUUUGUGGUUUCUAAAUCAGUGGUUUUCAAGUCGAAAUAAUGUCAUCAAAUGUUUGGACUUUGGUUUUAAACAAAUCAUCUCGUUCCACAGAGAGACAUCCGAUUCUGGCUCGACUGUCGGGUUUUCAGGUCUGAGGGUUUCCCUGGCAAACUUUUCAAACUGGUACUGAGCUCUUAUUGUUGUUUUUCCUUCUUUAUUUUCCUCCUCUCCCUGAGCGCUGAGCAGCUCUGCCACGAGAGAGAGAGAGAGAGAGAGAGAGAGAGAGAGAGAGAGCAGGUUCAACAGGGAGACGGAAAGAAAGAAAGAAGGAGAGGACGAGGAGGAACACUGGAAAAAAAAGAGAGAGGAGAUGAGGAGGAGGAGAAAAUUAUGAAUCAGUGUGAGUGAGGAAGAGUGAACAAAGGUGGGAGUGUCAACAAAUAAAAGUCAGAAGAAGAAGAAGAGCUGAGGAGACAGAGAGAGAGAGAGAGAGAGAGAGAGAGACGUGGCAUCUUUUCAGCUGUUUGCUCGGCAUGGGUCGGGUCACUUGGGCAACACCAAUCCUGCUGCCAAAGAAAGAAAGAAAGAAAGACAAGAGAGGGAGAGAGGAGGGGGAGGAUGAUGGGAAACAGGGGAGGAGGUGAAGAGAGGAGGGUGGACGGUGAAGGGGAUGAUGGGAAAAGGCUGUUUUUUGUUCACUCUUGAAAAACACUCUCAGAUACUUGCAGAAAACUGCUGCAGAAGAAGGUGUUUGAUAGACGAUCACAGAGAGAUCCAUUCAGGCUUCGUCUCAAACCUCCAUCAGAGCUGUUAUUGGGAGAUCAGGGGCCACAAUCUGACAAAUGAAAUUAUCCCAAUCUGACGUCCUUUUGCAGCUGUUGAGCAUGUGCUUAACCUUUUAUUAAAACAGCCUCUCUGGAUUAUUUCUCUAAUCCGUCUCCAUCCUUUCCCACAUUUGUUCACAUCUGCUUCAAACACGUUUGUUCGAUUUUUUCAUUGUUUCAAAUUUGGAUCCAAAAUUUGGGAUUCGCUCCCAGAGAGCUUAAAUGUUGGAUGGCAGCAGCAGCGGCGUGUUUUUUUUAUUGUUGUUGUUGUGAAGCGUGCAGAAACCCGGCUCAGGGACUCGGUGUAUGGGAGAAGAGGAGGUGGAGGAGGUGGAGGAGGAGGAGGAGGCUGGACGGAGAGCAGCAGGACUCUCCAAGUGAAAGGAGUUACAUCAGAGCCGAGGAAUUCCUGCCUUUUCUUCUUCCAGCUCCUUUUGUUAUUCUUUAGAGAGCGAGCUGCCUUAUUCUUCUCCACGAGUGCUCCGUCACUGCCGGACCUCGGGACAGAUAAAGAGGGGGACCAGGGAGGGGACAGGGGGGGCGAGUGAGCAGGAACACUAAAGGAGGGAGGGAGGUGAGAGGAAGUCCGGUUUUUACAGUUCCUGAUGCUGCUUUAAAAAUGUAUCUGAAAAAUAACGAGAGGAGAGGAAACGAAGAAAACUAAAGAUUCAUGUUAAACAGCAGAUGGUUUCCACAUCUGAAGACGUCUCCUCAUGUCCAUCCUUCUUCUUCAGGUGGAUCAGCUGACGUGAAGUUUAGGUUCAGAGAGUUAGCAGCUUUAAUAUUUCACUGCCGUAGUUUGUGUUAUCAGCGGUCUAAAGCUCUUAAAGGGGAGGAUUUCUGCAGGUUUUUCUGUUGGAUUUUUGUAAAUUUUGUUCUUUCUGCAGCUUCUUCUCUUAUUUGAUUCAUUAAGUUCCAUUUCAUACUAACAGAGAUAAAACACACAGUAUUAAACAUAAACACUCUGAACCACAUGAAGCUAAAGCUCAUUAAAGCUGCGUCUGUUGACAGGUUAUAAUUAAGACAUCACUCAGUUAAAGAUCAUUACAAACACACGUAACAACAGUGUGAUUUUCAAAAUAAAAGACCGACUUUUAUUCUGUUUAUUCCGUCUGUUUACACGUAGAGCUCCAGAUCCAGCUGAUUGGUAGGUCUCCUCACCUUUAAAAGAGUCUUUACGGUCCGCUCUUCAGGUCCAGCGUGGAGGAAUAUGAGCGUAGUUUACGACCCACAGGGUUUAAUCCCAUCUCUGGAUUAUAUACUCCUACAGUAUAUUCUGUGAAUCAUAUACCUGCUGCUGUUUUAUGUUCAGAGUCGUCUCCACACCUCGGCCCCUUCGCUUGUUUCCAAGUUAGUUAAGAGCGGGAACAGCGGCUCGCGUCCAGCUGACCACAGCGGCUCCAGGAUUUAAUAACUUUUUUCCUAAUGGAGCGUGAUUUUGGCUCUGGUGUGAAUGAUGUGGGGGAGUGUGUGUUUCAGGCCUGGAGGCUCUGGCUGAACUCGGUGCCAGCCUGUUACAAAGCAACCAUCACAUUUUCAUCCCCAUAAGCUGCAGCGCUGCACGGCUCUGCUGCUGUCUCUGAUUUAUGUUUACAUGCUGAUACUCGCUCCAAGAUUCCCUCCAAUCACACUCUUUUCUUCUCUGGAUUAUCCUUCUCUCUCCACCCUUUUUGUUCAAUCCUCACAUGCUGGCUUUUUCCAGCCUUUCUCUCUCUCUCUCUCUCUCUCCCUCCUUUCUUGCUCUCCUCUCACUGAUGAAGACUUUCAUCGGCUUCAACAAAAGACAGCUCCAAGUUUCCUGACUGUUCCUCAUUACAUCAGCCCUCUCUCUCUCUCUCUCUCUCUCUCUCUCUCUCUCUCUCUCUCUCUCUCUCUCUCUCUCUCUCUCUCUCUCUCUCUCUCUCUCUCUCUCUCUCUCUCUCGUUCUCUCCCCCUCUCUCUCUCUCUCUCAUGACAUCAGCACCAACAGCUGCCCAGCUGCUGAAAAGGUUGUGAGCCCCUCGUAUAUUCACUAAUGUAUGUGUGUCAGAGUUACAGAAUAUGCGCAAACAUGUGUGUGUGUGUGUGUGUGUGUGUGUGUGUGUGUGCGUGCGUGUGUGUGCAUGGUUUGGAGGUUGUGAAUCUUACUGUUGCCAAGGUAACUGAGCAGGAUCAGUCAAGAGGAGACUGACCGCCUCCUCUGCUGGUUUACAGCUGCAGGAAAAAGAAAACUUUGCAGCAUCAGUUAUGCAACCAACAUCUAUCUGUCUAUAUCUAUAUCUAACUAUAUAUGGAUCUAUCUAUCUAUCUGUCUAUAUCUAUAUCUAACUAUAUAUGGAUCUAUCUAUCUAUCUGUCUAUCUAUCUAAUUAUACUUACGUAUAUCUAUCAUCUAUCUAUAUUUUUAUCUUUCUAUGUCUAUCUGUAUAUCUGUCUACCUACCUACGUAUAUCUAUCUCUCUAUAUUUAUCAUCUAUAUCUAUCUAUGUAUCUAUCUAUAUCUAUCCAUCUAUCUAUCUAUAUAGCUAUACAUCUAUAUAAUCUAUAUCUAUCUAUUGAUAUUUAUCUGUGUAUAUCAAUCUAACUACAUCUAUCUAUAUAUGUAUCUAUCUAUCUAUAUCUAUCCAUCUAUAUCAUCUGUAUCUGUCUAUCUAUAUCAUCAUAUAUCUAUAUCAGCAUCUCUCUCUCUCUCUCUCUCUCUCUCUCCCUCUCUCUCCCUCUUCUCUCUCUCUCUCUCUCUCUCUCUCUCUCUCUCUCUCUCUCUCUCCAUCUGCCCCCCCCUUCAGUCCCUCAGCUGCCGUGGCUCAUUAGGCCAUAAAGCCUUUUAAUUGGAUACUGUGGUCUCUGCGGUCGUUUCCAUUGGCUUAUUGGCUUGUCAGUCAAUCGUCCAUCCGUCUCUCUCUCUCUGUUCGUGGUCGUCAGCACUUUUGACCACAUGACGGAGGAGCUCUGAGCGCAGGUUGGAAAGGUCCUCUCAUGGAGGUGAUUUGUGGUUUGAAGGUUUCUAAAGUCUCGCUGUAACUCAUGACCACAUUCAUGUGAGGACAUUAGAGGAAGUUCAGCUGUGAAUCAGCAGGAGAAGAAGAAGAAGAAGAAGAUUAUCAGCCUCCACAGACCUCUGUCUUCAGGUUUUAUCGGCGCGCUGCAGAGGAGCUGCGUCUGGGAAUUAGUCUUUGUUGCUCGAAGGCACAAACCAGGACACACAAACUCCCUCUCAAACUAAGUUGUGUAGUUUCACACAAUCUUCUGCGUGCAGACGAUAAGAGAUGUCAUCAAACCUCCUCCUCUUCUUCUUCUUCUUCUUUCUGAGGAAAAUUAAUCCUGAUUUGGAGCUAAUAAUGGAGAGAUAUUGAUUUGUCUUGGAGUGAAUGUAAAACUGAAUUUUAAUAACCUUUUGUAUUAAAUGACUGUAUUAGAACAGUGAAAAAUCCAGUCAUUCUCUCCUUAAUAAGAUGCUGAUUACAGUAGGCUGGUGUCUGUAUUCUUCACCAAACCUCUGUUAUAUUUCUGCAGAUUUAAGUUACUGGUAAAGUUUUCUCCUCUGGUUUCAAACUCAACCUUAAAGUAAAUCUUUUAAUCGGAGAAGCUGAUGACUGAAAAUAAUUCGUCUUGUAAAAAACUCACCUUGGAAACUUCAGAGACCAGAUUUCGACCUCCACCUCCUUGAUUUGAUCCCACAUGUUUGUCGUCUCUCUGCUUCUAUAAGCCCUGAAAUAAACUGUUUAACCCUGAGGAACAACAAGGUGUCAGGCUGCACCUCCAACAGCCGGCUAAUCCAGCAGAUCUGAUCAAAGGUAGUCAGUUAACCUGGGCUUAUCCGCAGACUAAGGAGAUCUGCUUAAUGAGCUUACAUUAAACCAGCCGCCACAUCACACCAGAGCGCCACAGUCAGCUCGCCAGAAGACACAGAAGUUCGGGGUUUUCGGUCUUUAUCUGAACCUGUUCCUGCUCUAUCACUCACUUCAGUCUCACAGUCAGAAGAAUAAGAUCUCAUUCAGACAGAGACACCAUCUUACAUUCGUUCAUGAAACUCUCCGCCUCUUUAUUUUCUCUGUUGAUCGAUCAGAUGUCAUAAAACUUUAUCAAAGCUGUUUGACUGAAUCAUAAAAAAUAUUACGACUUAAACACGGUGAAGGAAAUAUUCAUAUCAGGGGAGCAGACGACGGUACCGUCACUCCAGCUGUUGGUUAAAAAUUCAUCUGAAAGUCUCUCUUCUGUCUGAUUUCACAGUUAAACACGUUUCUCUCUCGGUUUCUCCUCCUCCUCUUCCUCCUGUUUUUGUGACGUUUCUUUAUUGUGACAGUUUCCACACAAGUCUCCAUCAGUCCGUCUCUCGUCUCGUCUCGUCUCGUCUCCCUCUCUCUCCGGUGUCACUCUGCUUUGACGUGUCUGCGGUGACUGGGUGUUGAUCUGCCUCUCCGGCUCCGGGUUCCUGUCCGUUCGUCCGUCAGCUCUUGUGUGAUGGUUUCCGGAUGUGGUGGAAGUCGUGUGAACCCGUGUCUCUCCUCCUAUCAGCUGUCUUUCUCUGUGCAGCUGAGGUUUCUUCACCCUCAUGAACACGGCGUACCUGUGAACACAGGACCUCUGGCGGAGCUGUCACUUCCCGUCUCCUCUCCUGUUGGUCUCUUCGGAGAUUUCUCGCUCUUAAAAAGUUUGAGAAACUCGCUCCACAAAGGGAACUUGAGGGGUGUUUAAAGGACUCCCAGGAGACGCUUGUGAAUUACAUAAACGGAUCGUUUCUGAGGAGAUAUUUGACGUCCUGUUUCGUAGAGUCGUGGUGGUUUUCAGAGUGUUUAUGCCUUUAGUGUUUGUCUGAAAAACAACAUUAAUAAACCAAGAAGAGGUACGGUUUUUAGGUCACGGAGGCUCUCUGAUUUUCUUUAAGAAAUUUUACGUAACAUCACGGCCUUUAGAUUUAUUUUAAUAAAUAAUACUCAGUGACCCAGUUUGCAGCUCAAACUCGUGAAAAAUCUGAACGACGGGAACACAAACUUUAUUUUUUCACUCUGAGAGUCGAUUGAACUCAAACUGAGAAAUAAAAAGAUGCAAAAUGAUGUUUAAAUAUGAGAUGAGUUAAACUGUGAUGCAGACGUGUUUUUAAACUCAAACAUUAUCAGGAUCAAUAAUCUCAGAAAUAUUUAAAGGAGGGGACACUAGGAAUUAGGGCUGAAAGAUAAAUCGAUUUUAAAUCCUAAUCAGAAUCUUUUAUUAUGAUGAUGUUAAAAAACUAAAAUCCUCAAAUCGAUUUUCCUCUCUAUCAUGUCUCGCCCCUCCAGGCCACCGUAGGCUCCUCCUUCCAGUGUAAACAAACAUGGCGUUUGAAAAGAAGGCGAUAAUUUCGUGGUUAAAAAGGACAAGAGCGAGUCAGUCGUGUUGAAUUGGUACGACUUCACAGUUUCAGAUAAAACGAUCAUGUGACCCACAGCGUUACUCUUUUAUGGCGCCAAAACAACCUUUAUACACGUGCUCUGUACUCUUCUUCUGUCUUUGGUGCAUUUCCUGUGCAGCGUUGCAGCGCCACUUACUGGCUUGGCAUAUGAACUACAUCGUUUUCAGAGAUGAUGGAAAAACUUUUUAUUAAAGUCAAGUUUGGUGAAGUUGUCGCAGGAUAAAAAAUCGAGUUUUCAGAGAAAAAAAUCUGGAUUUUAUUUUUGGCUAAAAUCGUGCAGCCCUACUGUUAACGUCUGAUAUUGUUUAAAGCUGUUCGAACAUUAAUAACACGUGUUUUAUAAAGUGCUGAAAAAGGAAAUGAUUUUAGCAGAAGUUGAAGAAAUCCCGGCGUGACUCCUCCCCUCCUGAGCUGCAGACCUUCCUCGGUUUGUAACUCGAUCUUUUAUAGUUUAAAGUCUCCAAACCUAAAGUGAAGUGUCUGUAAUGAGGCCGUUAUUCGCUUCUUUUUACACUUAAUAAAACUCCUAAUCCCAGGAAACAGUCAGCAGAGCGCCGUUCAUCACCACCAGUUAACUGAACUUCAUCCAUAAAAUUGUUGGAAUGCUCCUUUAAUUUACGCUCAUGCGGUUCGAACCCACAAGGUACUAAAUCUCCAACCUCCCAACUUGUCAGGACAGUCAAAUAAGCACUUAUUGUCUCCUACGGUAGCCCGCAGCGGCCAACUCUUUCCACCCGCAGCUGGAGGGAGUGAAUCACGGCUGCUCGCUGCAGGUCGAGCGCUCAGCUGACACGAGUCCGAGUCCUGGUCUGUGAGAGGAGACGCUGUAACCACAUCAGAGCGGAGGUCACGGAGAAGUCGGCGCUCAUUACGGUUUACUCCUGAGGACGCAGUGAUGAAACUCACUUUGAUGCUUUUAAUGGAAGAAGAAAGAAAAACAAGUUUCAUUUUCAGUUUGAGUCAAAAUCUCACUCUCCAUCUUUGAACCCUCGUUCUGCCCGGAGCUGCACAGAUUGAACGUGUCCCUCUCUCCCUCUCUCUCUCUCUUCCCUCUCUCUCUCUCCCUCUAAAGUUGUUUUGAUUCUUCUUCAUUUUUCUCUCCGUGUUUUUUUUUUCUUUUUCAUUUUUGGCUCUGAGAGUUUUCUAACGUUGCCCACCCUGAAGUUUAUCAGUCAGUGUGAGCGUGAGCGGCCAAACCGAGCCUGCAUAUGUUGUUGUGUGUUUGUGCGAGUCAGAAAUCAGAGGAGAGUCGGCUCGCUCCGCUCCCUCUGCCUCUUUGGCCAUCAUCAAGAAAAGGAGGAGGAGGAGGAGGAGGAGGAAGGAGUGAGUCAUGCCAUUAGACUUCAAUAAAAACAACUGCCAGGGUGCACAGCCUGGACCAGGAUGAUGAUGAUGAUGAAGAAGAUGAUGAUGAUGAAGUGAGUUCUGGUGCUGGGUCACUUGGUCAUUGUGGAAACAGCGAGCUGAAGUUCACGUGCAGAAAUUUAAUCAUCAGACAGAAAAGAGAGCUCAGCUGAUCGAAGCUCUCUCACUUUUCUGAUCAGGUUUUUCAGUUCUGACAGUUCUGACCCGGUCCGCUCUGCAGAACCCAAAGAAAGUGAGGGGUGGGGGGUGCAUCUCUCUUUCUUCUCAUGUGCAUGCUUGAAAGAUCUUGGCGAGGACGGCAGCGGCAAAGACCCAACAGUAAAGGUCUCUGUGCAUAUGAAGAAUGCAGAAGUUUGCAGCGUUCACGCUUCACCUUUCUGUCACGAGCCGAGGCGGUAACCCCCGAUCUCCACCUUCAUCCUGAUCGUCUCCUAUCCUCCGAAAUCGUAACCAUUCAAGUUAACGUGUCAAUUUACACCGACUUUAGAUGCUGUAUUCUCAGUUUUAAACAACAUCUCAAGGUUUACCCCCGAUCUCCACCUUCAUCCUGAUCGUCUCCUAAAAGUUCGUAUCCUCUAUAUUUUUUCCGGGUGCCAGAGCAUGGCGGAUAAAUUCAGCACAGAUUAACCCGUGCUGGAAAGGAAGUCGGGCACAGACACAAAAUAAAACAUCCGGCUUCUUUUCAAAAUAAAACACUCUGUGUUUCAGGAGGAGACGAACAAGUGAAAGGUUUUUAGACGUCAUUUCACCCCGAUGACACCAUGGAUGAGGAGAUGCUGAUUCUAGAAGUCUAGAAGUAGAUUUCCUCCUCUGGAAGGACACAAUCUACUGCUUAUAUGUCUAUGUGUCUGUCUUUAUAGAGACAACUCGUUAUCGCGUGAUUGAACGUGAAUCUGCGGGUUCUUGUGAGUUCUCGUGAUUCCUACUGUCCGUAAUCGGCCACGAAAUUCACCUCACAAACAGAUCCGGUAGGAAUUGGUGGAUGGUGAAUUUUGGAUCGGAGCCGUUUCAGAUGUGGUGAAAUUGGGGUUAAAGGUCUCCUCCCCUCUCUCUGUGCAUGUGAAGAAGCUCGCAGCGUUCACACUCCACCUUUCUGCGAUGAGCCGCGGCGGUGAGAGCUGCAGCGAGGAUCGAACCCCUGCUGAGCGGAACAACGACAGUGUAUGAGGACAAACAGGGACAACAGAUAAAUGUGUGAAAUAUUAUAAAAUAUGAAAAACUCUGAAUCACAAACUUUCCUCAGUAAAAUCAGAGACAUGAAGCAGCUCUUUGUCGCUGCAGCGGUGCAGCUGUACAGCAGCGCCAGGCUGAUCUCCACAGCGGCCUCCUCGUCUACUGUUACACUCAUCACCCUCUCACACACACACACACACACACACAUAAAAACGCAUGCACACAUAUUCCCAGGCCACACAUAGAUAUGACAAACACACACUUGUGCCAAGACAAUGGCCUGCUAAUCCUCGCUUCUGAUUGGACGAGGCCAGAUUACCCAGAGGGCACCAGCUGUCGGGGAGAGUCGAAGCCCAGUUUUCUUAGUAUUAGAGCACACUCUCACACACACACUCUCACACACACACACACACACUCUCACACACACACACAUGUCGUGUCACUCUGCUCUCCGGCGCUGAAUGAAGCGAGCUGAAAUGGUUACCGCUAAAGCGUUCAGCAUGUGGCGUCACCUAAAAUGUCCCGCUAGGCUAGGCUAGUUGGAGUGAUUUGUGCGCCCACCUCAGCCAAACUGAAGCUCUCAGCUGCCGUCACCGCCGCGUGUUUGUCGUCGCUGUCGACACGCUGUAAAAAUAGGAAUGAGAAUUAAUGGCAGUGAAACGCUAACAGGCGCAGCAGCGGUCCAGCUCAGACAGGUAGCCAAACGCUGCCGACUCCUGAAUGUGGGUUUUAUUUUUAACGUCUGUUGUCUCAGCCGCUCCACCCUCUGGGCGUUUAGAUAUUUAUCUACUACGGCGAGCAGGAGGUCCAAAAUUAGGUCCUAAGUUUGUUAAUUGAGUGAAUAAUCAGGAUCCAUGUUUGAGUUUUUAUUGAUUUUAGGUUUUUAAACUUCCUUUUUGGACUUGAAUAAAUCUGCGGUUGACUUUGUCUCCCUGAACUCUCCGCCUCUCCUCCGUCCUGUAACAUCGGUCUCCAGCCCUCACAUGCCGAGCAGCUUUUUGUCCCUCCCAGCCGCCACAACCCCUCUGCUUCCAGAGCGACCACAGAGGGCCGGGCCGAGCCAAACCGAGCCGGUCCAACAGCGCAGGGUGAGAGGAGGAGACAGGAAACACGAACUGACACGCUGCUGAGCCGAGAUAAGGGCCGAGCCCGCUAAAUACUGGAGUCAGGGGGGAGAGAGAGAGAGAGAGAGAGAGGAAGGGAGGAAGAGGGGAAACAAAAGGAGGAUAGGCCAGUGAGAGAGAGAGAGAAACAGAGGAGGAAGAGUAAAUGUCAAACGGUUGAGAGAGAGAGGGAGAGGGAGAGGGAGAGAGAGAGAGAGAGAGAGAGAGAGAGGGAGGGUGUGUGUUUGUUAUGAUGCAGCAGGACUGAGAGGCUUUACAUUGGCCUAGAUACUCCUCUCUGUGUGUGUGUGUGUGUGUGUGUGUGUGUGUGUGUGUGUGUGUAACUCCACAGCAGUGAUUUAGAAAUAUUCUGGUUUUGUUGGUUUUGUUGGUUUUUUCUUGAUUAUGUAAAGUAUGAAAAUAAUUAGUGAUCAUGUGAAGGAAGCGAGGAGGAAGUUCACUCAGUAUAAAUGCACAGAUAUCAGUUUACACCAUCCAGACUCCAUAGUAUGAAGUUGUUGAACAGUAACCUGUGAUGGAAACUGAAAUGGUUAAACCACUUUGGAAAAAGGUGUUGGAAAUCCUGAGCAGAUGGUCCGGUUCUGAGGACUCUUUGAGCCCGGUGUUGUGUUUGCUAGGGGACCGGUCACAAAUAUCUGAAUGUGCAUUCUCAUUAUUAUUGUGAGUCUGAUUACAGUCUGUAGAGUUAUCCUGAGACACUGGAAGGAAGGAAGUGAGGGCCCUAAAUCUGAAAGAACGGGACGAUAAAAUUGUAGAAAUAGCGUCUUAUGAAAGUUUGCUCGUUAGAGUAAACGGUAACGGGGAGGAAGUCGUGACGACUCUGUGGGACAGUUUCUGGACCUUCAUGGUGGUUGAGCACAGGUCUGAACAGACAGCAGUCUCCCACAUGACUGUGAUCCUGUAAUAUGUUUGUGUGUUUUAUGAUGAGACUAAACUUUCCACUGGACUGUGUUUGUUUUUCUCUGGAUGUAAGCACCUAUUUAUUUAUUUUAUUUUAUAGGACCAGAAUACUGGAGUCUGCCUUCAUAUCACAACAUAAUACAGAUGUGAUGUUUCUGUGAAAUAUAUGCCAUGUACCACGCCUUUUGAAAAAUGAAUAGAAAUGAAAAUUAUAAAAUAAUAAUAAUAAUUUGGCACAGUGUGAAAACUGGUGAAAGUUGUGAAAACUGUCAUUAAAACACACACACAUACACACACACAUACACACACACUCUCUUUAUCUGUGACGGUGAAGU